AUGAAGGGUGGCUCGCUUCAGAACGUCAAAGUUACUCCUCUUAUUAAACAAGACGAUGAAGUUGAGCACUACGUCACGAAGCGUAUGGUGGGAGCCAGCGAUGCAUGCUGGCGUCUCUUGGACUUUCCCAUCUCAAAGUCUGAGCCCACAGUCGAUUGUCUCCCUGUCCACCUAGAGGGAAAACAGACUGUGUGCUUCCGCCCUAACAACUUGACACACGCCACUUCGGGAGCUACCUCUGACCUGCUCUUGUAUUUCAAUAGGCCUCUUGACUCGGUAUUCGACGAUUUAACCUACCAGUCUUUUUUCGAGCAGUACGUUAUUCAUAACAAACGCCCUAGUAAUGCUGAGGUGUACGACCAUCCAGACGGCAAGCAUUUCCUUACCUCAAGAAAGCGUGGCCAAAAGAUCUGUCGUCUCUUCUGGGUCUCGCCAAACAGAAGCGAGCAGUACUUUCUUAGGCUCCUUUUGAUGGUCAUUCCGUGCCGGGGAUACGCCGACCUGCUUGCUCGUGGUGGUGAUGGUUGCACGACAUAUCAACAGGUUGCGCGCACCCUCGGUUUGGUUGAGGACGAGGACGAGUACCACCAAGCCCUGAAGGAAGCAGCUCGAUUCAUGGUCGGUCCGAGGCUCCGCUCUUUCUUUGUCCUUCUGUGUAACAUGGGAGCUCCUGCGGCCCUCUUGUGGGAUGCUUUCCGUGACGCAUUGUGCGAAGACCAUUUAGAGCGGAAUCCUCUUGAUCACGAGCUUGCGUACAAGCUGGCUCUAAUUGAGAUCGACCGAAGCCUUCGACGUCAGGGAUCCUGCUUGGCCGAUCACGGUCUCCCUACUGUAGAUGACGACACGACCGAACUGGGGAGGGAACUACUCAUCUACGGUGAAAAUCGUCAGAGAUCACUUGUAGAUGAGUGGGAACCUAAACUUUCCCGCGACCAGAGGGCGGUCUUCGAUCAUGUUCGGUCUCUACUACAGGGCCAAGUCGAUCGUCGAUCAACAAAAUUGAUCUUUCUUGACGGACCCGGAGGCUACGGCAAGACCUGUCUAAUACAAGUUAUCCUCGCAUACGUCCGUAGUCGUAACCAGGUCGCUAUUGCUGUCGCUAGCUCCGGCAUUGCCGCUGGUAAUCUGCCUGGUGGCACGACAGCACAUAGCAUGUUUCGGCUACCACUUGAUCUCGGCGAUGGCACUGGAUAUUGGAACUUGACCAACGGAUCUCAGCGGGCAGAACUCAUCAGAGCCGCACAGCUCAUAGUUUUUGAUGAGGCCCCGAUGGCUCACCGGUACAUUUUUGAAAUCAUCGACAGAUCUCUGCGUGAUCUCAUGAAUUCACCUGAGCCAUUCGGGAAUAAGAUCUUUAUCUGCUGCGGAGAUUUCCGUCAGAUCGCACCAGUUGUUGCCAAGGCUCGUACUCCGGCCGACAUUGCCUGUGUAUCACUGUGUGCGUCAUCUCUGUGGUCAAGUUUCAAAAUCUUUUCUCUCUCCACUCCUCACCGGACUUCUGGGUCCACUGCCUACUCUGACUUCCUCCUCCAAGUAGGCAAUGGAACAAUUACAUCUGUUCCUUUUGGGGAAGGCCGUGACUCUGUUGCCCUGAUCCCACUGUCCGGUGUGAAAUACGUGACAUCCCUUCCCGACUUAAUCGAGUUUGUGUUUCCUGCUUGUGACCUACACCACACAGACAGAAUUGCAGGCAGGGCCAUUCUCUCAACCAUGAACGCCAAUGUCCAACAGAUCAACAACACCGUCCUCAACCUGAUGGACGGCGUCGUUCAUGAGUUGAGGAGUGCUGAUUCUGUGGACAAGGAGAACGACGAUGGUAUGGAUGUAGACGUUCACUUGUUGAACCAAGCUACUGGCAAGGGUGUACCAGACCAUGUCCUGCGACUCAAGAUUGGCUCCGUGUGUCUCGUCAUGAGGAACUUGAACAUUGACAGCGGACUCGUAAACGGCACUAAAGUGCUCGUGACGGCAAUAAGACCUCGUCUGAUCACAGUGCGACUCCCUGGACAACAUGAUCCGAUUUGUAUCCCCCGGAUUCAGUUCGUUUUCCCGUUCGUCGAGGGGUCACCGCUUCGUGUCCGCCGUCUUCAGUUCCCUCUCAUGCUGGCAUAUUCCAUGACUGGCCACAAAAGCCAGGGCCAGACGAUUGAUCGCGUCGGAGUCGAUCUUCGCAGUGACUGUUUCACUCAUGGUCAGUUGUACGUCCUGCUCAGUAGAGUCAGGCAUCCAGACCAUAUAGUCGUCCUUGUCCGUCCCGACCGUGUCCAAGGGGGAAUCGCAUACGCGAAAAAUAUCGUGUAUGACGAUCUCCUCCUCUAA